AGCGAAGUAUAUCACUAUAGUAGACGCGAAAAGGUUCUUCUAUUAAUAUGCCGUACGUAUAUAGACGACUUCGUAUAUACCUCCGAUAUACUAGAGGAUCACGAACGCUACCUAUAUAGCUUAUUUAGUUACCUAGAAGAGCAUAAUAUCAAACUAGAACUAAGUAAAGCCUAUAUUAGCUUUCCCGAGGUUACCUUACUCGGAUAG